AAAGUGCACACAGGUGAUCGUUAACUUCUCAAUUACUAAUGUUUUAAAAUAUUUCUCUACAACGACCUCUGUAACCAAUAAUGGCUUUUUAUAAAUUGUACUCAGCAUUUCGACAAGUAACAUUAAGCAGGCAAAACAAUGUUAUUGGAAGAUAUCUUUCGUCCUAUUUGUCAGGAAAGCAAAGUAGUGUUUUGCCAUCAUAUGUUUCUAAUAAUCCAAUGUGUAUAACAUAUCCUGCAAUGCACAUUACAUUCAAACCAAGAACACUUAAUAUAGAUUUUGCCAAUCCAGAUGGUGUUAAGAAUAAAAAUAUAAUUGAAACACCAUUUAAGAAUAUACCAUCUAUGGAAGAACCUUUAACGCAAUAUCCGAAUCAACAUGACAUACCAUUAAUGGACAAAUCUUUCGAGUUACCACCAAGUGAAAAUGUUUGGGAAAAACUAGCGGUACGUCUAAUAGUGAUUAGAAGACAUAAAAUGAAGAAACAUAAGAGAAGGAAGCUCCGUAAAAGGAUGAAAUAUCUUUGGGCAAAAAUAAGACUUAGACGUAGCCUGAGAAGAGAAAAAGAAUUUCAAGCAGAAUUAAUUAAUAAAAUUAAAGUAGCUGAAGCAUUUGAUCCAAAAGCAUAUGUCAAUGAAAGACUGUCUAUUCUGCAGAGAGAAUUUAUACCAAGAACAUAUAAAGGUGAAAUAUUGCCACAAUAUGAAAUCAAACAAUUUCUUGAUAAAGAAAAAGCUCAGAAGGAAAGACGUAAAAACAAAGUAUGGUUGAAACUGGAUUAAAUGUAUAUAGUGAAUAAAUAAAUGUUCUUCUAUGAACUUUGUAAAUA